AUGAUAAAGUCAAGAGCUGAGCUGUUUGCAGAGAUCAAUGUUACUCCACCACUAAGGACAGUCAGUCAGUUGAAGGGAAAGACGAUACACUGGAAAGAGAAACUAAAGCUGGUGAAAAGGAAGAUCAACUUCAGGCAGAAAAACCAUGCAAAAAGAAAAACAAAGAAAAAGAGUGAUGCUAAUAAAGAAAAUCGUCCUGCAGUUAAGGAUAAAUUGGUGGGUAUAUUUUUUUAUUGCGGUCUAAUGAGAGAAACAUCGCCACGAAAGAUCUGGCCUGAUUUGUUAGAGGGGGUGGAAGUUUUCCAGAGGGGGGUGCAUUACUACAAGGGUCAGGAGGAAUUUUCUCCCAGAAAAUGUUUGAAGUUUGAAGAAUUUAGAAAUUCUGUAACCAUUAUUAUAUAGGCCACGGUAAUUGGUGUUGGGAAGGCUCCUCAACCAUCAAUCUCCCCAGUAGGAAAUAUACCAUCUCCAUCGGACAUUACCAUCAACACCAAAUGCCACCAACAAUAUCCCAGGUCUAGCAAAUACUGUUCUAGCAAAGAUCUGGCUCCUUUAACGAUGACACCAAGUUCCAGCAACACUCCCUGUGAUGAACAAAAUAUCGCUCUUGGUGGGAUAACGAAUGUUAUUAUAUACACAAGGUCUGGAUAUAAGGUAUUCUGCAAUCUGAUUGGUUCUCUACUAGCAGGAUAUUAGCUCAUAUCCUGCUAGUAGAGAAAAACAAAAUGGCGGCCAAACUGAAUUUACGAUGUUUUGCAAACGAGAAAACGGCAAGUUGUCGCUUUUUAUUGCCUUCACAGGAUUAAAAACACAAUGAAAAACUCCCACAAAUUGUUUUCAGGUUAGCAAAUAAAUUUUUAAUAUUUAAAAUGGUUGAAAAUAUAUAUUUUUGAAAAAAUAAUCGGCCGAAAGAGCGAAGAUAAAAACAUAAACAAAAUAGAAAAAUAUUGGAAAUAUUCGAAAAGCAAAGUCUGUGAAUUCAGACCUUGUGUAUAUAAUAAAACAGUUAUUCCACUCACUCUCAUCGAAUAUGAGCGAUAGCCGAUUCGGCGCUACGCGCCUCAUCGGCUAUCAGCUCAUAUUCGACUCGAGUUCGUAGAAUAACUGUUAAUUAUCCGCCACCAUUGUCAGACUUAGUAAGCAACGACGAAUUGGCAGCAAUCAAACUUAAAAGAUCUGGCCCAACAGCUUUUGCAAGUGUUUUGUUCAGAACUCUAUUUACUUUGGAUGAAAUGAGAGGACGAAAUUGUCGUGGUUUGGUGAAGAAAGAAAAGCUUGACGAAGGGCAAACUCAACAAAAUACAGAAGUAUGUGUACAGAUAUUAUCCGGACACGCCUGA